AUGGAGUUCAACAAGCAACAAGAACUUGUAGAUUCUUCUAUGGAAAAAACGGAUCCUCUCUCCAUUUCUCAAUUGAAAAUAUCUUCUUCUUCUUCUCCUCUCGCUUCAAAAGAAUUUUCCCACGAUGCAGUUGAAGGGAGCGAAGGAACUUUAGGUUAUGACUCCAUUGAGGGCAAUGGACAUUCAGAUUCAACAACCUUCGACGCAGAUUUAACCGAGUACAAGAAAAAGGCUACAGUAAUCGUCGAGGAGUACUUCAGCACCAAUGACGUUGUAUCAGUUGCUAACGAGCUCAAGGAGCUUGGAAUGGCUGAGUACCGUUACUAUUUCGUCAAGAAGCUAGUCUCCAUGGCUAUGGAUAGGCACGACAAGGAGAAAGAGAUGGCUGCUUUUCUGCUCUCUACGCUCUACGCCGAUGUCAUUGAUCCUCCAGAGGUUUACAGAGGUUUCAACAAACUGGUGGCUUCCGCUGACGAUUUAUCCGUUGACAUUCCGGAUGCGGUUGAUAUUCUCGCCGUGUUUGUGGCUCGUGCCAUCGUCGACGACAUUCUCCCGCCUGCGUUUCUGAAGAAGCAGAUGAAUCUUCUGCCGGAGAACUCGAAAGGUGUGGAGGUGCUUGAGAAGGCCGAGAAGAGCUAUCUAGCGACUCCGCUUCACGCGGAGAUUGUUGAGAAGCGGUGGGGAGGGACUGAUAACUGGACAGCUGAGGACGUGAAAGGAAGGAUAAACGAACUGUUGAAAGAGUACGUGGUGAGCGGAGACAAGAAGGAAGCUUUCAGAUGCAUCAAAGGACUGAAAGUUCCCUUCUUUCACCACGAGAUUGUCAAGCGUGCGCUGAUCAUGGCGAUGGAGAGGCGUAAGGCUGAAGCAAGGCUGCUGGAUUUGCUAAAGGAGGCGAUUGAGGUCGGUCUCAUAAACUCCACUCAGGUGACGAAAGGGUUUAGCAGAAUCAUCGACUCGAUUGAGGAUUUGUCUCUUGACAUACCGGAGGCGCGCCGUGUGUUACAGUCUUUCAUCUCUAAAGCGGCUUCUGAAGGAUGGCUGUGUGCUUCUUCUCUGAAAUCGCUCUCCGCUGUUCCAGGUGAGAAGCUACUCGAAAACUCCAGCGCCUGUGUGUUUAAAGACAAGACCAAGUCGAUCGUGCGGGAGUAUUUCCUCUCGGGGGACACGUCAGAGGUCGUGCAUUUCCUGGAGACGGAGCUGAGCGCGUCUUCGAGCCAGCUGCGGUCAAUCUUUGUCAAGUAUCUGAUAACUCUGGCGAUGGAUAGGAAGAAGAGAGAGAAGGAGAUGGCUUGUGUUCUCAUCUCGUCUCUGGAUUUCCCUCCCAAGGAGGUGAGGAAUGGCUUCUCGAUGCUAAUAGAAUCUGCAGACGACACUGCUCUAGACAACCCGGUUGUCGUUGAGGACCUCGCCAUGUUCUUGGCCAGAGCCGUGGUCGACGAGGUGUUAGCUCCACGUGAUUUGGAGGAGCUGUUGAACCAGACUCCCGAGCCAGGCUCAGCCGUGGGGGAGAAAGUGAUCCAGACGGCGAAAACGUUGCUGAAGGCACCUCUUUUCGGUGAGAGGAUAUUACGUUGCUGGGGAGGAGGAGGAGUCAUCGAGACGAACUCUCCGGGGUCCACUGUGUGCGAAGUGAAAGAGACGAUUCAGAAUCUUUUGGAGGAGUAUGUGUCCGGUGGAGACCUGAGCGAGGCUUGUAGGUGCGUGAAGGAGCUAGGGAUGCCGUUUUUCCACCACGAGGUUGUGAAGAAGUCGGUGGUGAGGAUGAUUGAGGAGAAGGAGAACGAGCGGCUGUGGAAGCUGCUGAAAGUGUGUUUUGAGUCGGGACUGGUGACGAUUUAUCAGAUGACGGAAGGGUUUAAAAGAGUGAACGAGUCGCUUGAGGACCUGUCUUUGGACGUUCCUGAUGCUGCCAAGAAGUUCUCUAGUUGCGUUGAGAGAGCCAAGCUUGAAGGGUUCUUGGACGAAUCGUUUGCGUUUGAGGAGACGCAUGGUAAGAAAGAGAACGGCUCGUCUUCUUCUUCUGGAUGCAUUUGA